AUGCGAAUCAAAACCAUUGAAUUCCAGGCUAUUGUUAAAUCAAUCAAGCCCGACAAAUUAGCUGUCAGUUAUGGGACCGAGCAAUCACAAAUUGAAGAGGUCAAAUAUGAAGAUUGUCGUUUGCCGCCUCGUGUAAACAAGAGUUUCGACAUGAUUAAGAGUGGUGAUGUCGUCGAAGCAUUGGUAAGACAAGAGAAUGAAUCCAUCUAUGGUUGGCAAAGGUCUAAAAUAAAGGAAUUGAAAGGUGAACUAGCAGCUGUCGAAAGCGUUGAAGGUCCUCAUCGCAUGGACAUCGUUUCUUUUGAUCGUAUCAGAUCUUUAUCUGUAAAAUGUAUUCCUUUGAAACAAGGUCAAUUUAAGCACACCGAAAUCGUCGUGCCUGAGGACCUUCGCAUUUAUUUUAAACGGCCAGAAACUUGCUCCGAUUUCGCUUCAAUCGUGAAAAAUGUUUAUAUUGAAUAUAAGGAGGAAAGCGGGCAUCUGCACAUAUCGGCAUUCGAAGAACAAGCCAUAAAAAGAGCGACUGUGUUAGCUGACAUGUACUUCAAAGACUCUCGUCAAAAGAUGCAGUUAUUGCAACGUCAAGAAGAAGCUGCGAGAAUGUUGGAAAAUACUUCAUUGAAUUCGUCAGCUCAUGUCGAAGAAUUUACGGUUCCGUUUGACCUUAUGGGUUUAGCUAUCGGUUCUCAUGGUACCAACAUUCAGAGCGCACGUAAUAUGGAAGGAAUUGACGAUAUCCAGGUGAUUGAAAGCAAUGAUGGUCAAAAUCCUGUUCUUUUUAAGGUUUAUGCAGAAAAUGCUGAAGCAGCAGCAGCUGCUAGAUCACAAUUAGAAUACGCGGUAGAAUCUUUUGACGUACCUAGAGGUAUGGUUGGGAAAGUUAUCGGGAAAUCUGGGAAGACCAUUCAAGAUAUUGUCGAUAAAUCGGGUGUCGUUCGUGUUCAGAUUGAAGGAGGUGAUGGCCAAAAUCGCGCUGAAGAGAAUGCUGAUGAACCUGUUCCGUUUGUCUUUACUGGAACUCGAGAUUCUAUAUCAAUGGCUAACCUUUUAAUCGAAUAUCAUAUGCGUCAUCUGAAAGAAAUGGAAGAAAUGCGCCUAAAUAUGGAUGAAAUGCAGCGACGACUUUAUUCCCGUACGACUCCUCCUCCAGUUGGAAUGAAUGGGUCAGGAUAUCGUUUUGAACGCGGAGAUGGAAAUUUUGGUGGACGAGGAGGACCAUUCAAAGGGCGCGGGCGUGGAGGAUCGUUUCGUGGUGGUCAUCGUAUAAGAGGUGGUGGUGAUAUGGAUGAUCGUCGGCGUACUAUAGAUGAAGAAAAGUUCGGUGACAAGGAUGAAAGUAAUGAAAGGGAAAUGCGUCGUCCAGGGCGUGGUCGUGGUGGACCUCGGCGCGGUGGCAAAGGUCCUCAUCAACAAGCAACAGUGAAUGGAAGCGGUUAA